AUGGCUAGCGUCAAUUCCAGAGCCGAGUUGGUCCCCAACAGAGCGUUUACUCCAACAAACGAGGAUUUCAUGAUGGAUUAUGAACCAGAAUGUCGGGCCACAACGCCGUUGAAGACAAGACAGGAUUCUUACGAGAACAUGAACGGUCGACGCUUUGUAGACGAUCCAAGCCAUCAGUAUGAGGACCCAAGCAAACUAGCGGAUGAAGUAUUCCACAACCAAGGUCGAGGGAGACCCCAUCCUCCGAGUAGAUCAGGUAACAAGCGGCCGAGAAGGAAGACAAAUGAAGCUUACGAACCCGUACCUUACUCUCAGAAGCGGAAAAGAACGUUCACGAACGACUCCGACGAUGGCUACCACAGAGACACGUGUAACAAACUGUUCAAAGUCAUGGCGUUUUUCGGUUUCUUAUUUGGUUUGGGGGCCGCAGUUGUUGUUGUGAUGCUUAUGUUGGGGAUCAUGUUUGUCCCAGGCUGCGACGAUUGUAAGAAAGAAAUCGUACCCAGCCAAAGCUCUACUGCUCAAUCGGUGGGAUCAGCACAGGAAUUAUGGAGAGUGAUCAAGGAAAUGAAGUCAAACUUGAGUGAAUUAAAUCAAGCUAUCAGAAAGAAAAACGAAAUCAUUUCACAGCUUCAGAGACGAGACAUCGAACACACUGGAAAGAUUGUAGAGCUAGAACAAAGAGCGGCUGAAGCAUUUUCCUUCGCGAAAAACUAUAAACUUAAUAUCAGUAGCUUGGUCGGACCGAGGGGCCCGCCUGGAAACCCUGGGCCUAUUGGCCCUUCAGGAAAGGAUGGUGUAGACGGAAGACCGGGAAAACCGGGGCUAGUAAAUAUGUCUCUGUGUGUCUAUCGGGUAGAAGAUGGAGUCCCUUUCACAGCCGAGAGAGCUGGCGCUGGACAAAACGUUAUCGUUACUGAGAACACUCAGGAAAGAAUCAUUGGUGUUACUUGUUCCACCGAAGGAACUGCGGAAUACAACUUAGAAAGUUAUUUCAGAGGUAAUCAGAGGCAAUACAAGUGUAUAUGUCGAGGACAAUCGUCUGUGUUUCAUGCGACUGCUGGCAGAGCUAAAUGCAUUUUGCACUAUUGGGUUUGUCCUCUAAGUUUCUAG